ACCUUUGGGGUUUUUCUGGGGUGUGUGGUCAAAAAAUAUUUGUUGGGGGUGAGAGUAUUUAAAGGUCCUUCAGGAGUUGAGAUUCCUCACACUCAGUUUGAAAGGGUUUCUUUCCAAAGGAAGACUGACCAGGAGAGUCCAGGGCAGAGCUGAUCAUGAACAGAUUAGCGCUCCUAUGUCUCUGCCUAUGCGCAGCAGUCUCACUAAUCAGUGGGAAGCCCAGCAGGAGAGCAGAGAAGCUCAAGAGGUCCAAACCCCUGGUAGCAACUGACUCAUCUGAACCGGAUGAUACUAAUGAUGCUGUUUUCCCCGGCCGCAGGGGGCAGUGCUCGGUGAAUGGGAUGUCCCUGUUUGACGGGGCUAUGUGGUCGCCUCAGCCCUGCCUCGUGUGCCAGUGUCAGAUGGGAACUGUCAGCUGUCACCCUGUUCCCUGCGCCGGUUCAAACAACAAGCAGACAGUGGCUCCCAAAGCCAAGAAGCCCUCCCCUAAUGCAGAGGACAAAGAGGGGAUCCCAAAGUGGAAGAAGAGUUUCCAAAGGAGAGCAGGAAGUCAGAAGAAGGAGGAGCAGCCUGUUACUCCAGUGAAAUUGAAGAAGCAAGAAGAAGAGGUGAAGAAACAGGAAGUGGCAGUGAAGACAGAGGUUAGGAGGGCUGAGGUCCCUGUGGCCAAGAGGCGUGACCCGAAGAUAACCAAAGUCAGCCUUCCAUACCUUCCCUACGAUGACGAUGAUGACGAUCACGAUGACCACGAUCACAGCGAGCAUGAUGAUGAUGAUGACGACGAUGACGAUUACAUCAUCAGGGCCAUGGGAAAACCCACCAUGAGGUCCAACAGGCACCCGGUUGUGGCACCGACGGGGAGACCAGUCACCAUGGUGACUGGCCGACUGGCUACGACCACCACUAGGAAACCCGUGGCGAGGGCGCCGGGUCCAGGACAUCCUGUGGUCACGUUCCCCAGGAGACACAGCAUCAUGGAGUCUCUCCCUGCUGGCUGCCUGCUCUUGGAGUCUCUGAUCACCUGUGGCAGCACUGGCAUGGCCCACAUCCCUAUCCUCUCAGACCAGGGGAUCAAGACCCUCUAUCUGGCAGACAAUAAGAUCAGUAAGAUCCCUCCCCAGGCGCUGGCUGGGCUGCCCAACCUGGAGUGGCUGGACCUGAGCAAGAACAAGCUGGACGACUCCUCCAUCAGCCCUGACCUGUUCCAGAUCCUGACCAAGCUGAGGAGCCUGAAUUUAGAUGGCAACAAUCUGACCAAAGUCCCCUCGUUUCUACCGCCAUCCCUGGUGGAGCUGAAGAUCAAUGACAACAAGAUCCUGGGCCUCACACCUAGUAGCUUUAAAGGUUUGUCCAAACUGCUGACACUGGAGCUUGAGGAUAACCACUUCCACGAUGGGAAUGUGUCACCUUUGACCUUCCGGCCCCUGAAGAAACUAAUCUAUCUGCGACUGGAGGACAACAAGUUCCGGGCCAUUCCCUCUGGGCUUCCUACGACCCUGCAGACACUUCACCUGUCAGAUAACAGAAUAGAAGAGGUGCAUGAGAGGAUCCUUAACAAGACCGUCAACCUCAGGUUUCUGGACCUCAGUUAUAACAAGAUCCGGGAGGACCGCAUAGCCCCAAGGGCCUGGAUACACCUGUUAAAGUUGGAGUCGUUGGAUCUGUCGCACAAUAAGCUGGUGCAUGUUCCCUCCUUCCUCCCUGUGGGCCUUAAGCAGCUCCACCUGCACCACAACCAGAUUGAACGGAUCCCUGGCUACGUGUUUGGCCACAUGAAACCGGGAUUGAACCUCCUUCACCUGUCCCACAACAGGCUGAGCAACGACGGCAUUGAUAAUGUGUCAUUCCUGGGUCUGUACAACACUCUGACUGAACUCCUGCUGGACCACAACCAGCUUCGCUCCAUCCCCAGGGGGCUACUGAAGCUCAAGAGCCUGCAGCUCCUCCGCCUCAACCACAAUGUUAUCAGGUACGUUCCUCUGAACUCUCUGUGUGACACGCGCCUGAGCGACGACUCGCCCCUAGUCUCCGUUCACCUGGAGUACAACCUGAUUGACCGGCGACUCAUCCCACCCACUGCCCUCUCCUGCAUCAAGACCUACCACAGCAUCAUACUACGGCCACAGAGUCACGAGGAAGAUUACCACCAUGAGGAUUACUAGUAUCCCCCUUCCUCCCCUCCCUCCUCCUCUUUCACCCCUCUCUCCAACCCCCUGUCAGUUUGUCCUGGGUUUGACCUAGUGCCUCAUUACAUAAUUCCCUCUGAGUCUGUAUCUGAUUGUCUUCUUCUCUGAUGCGUUGUGAUUAGGUUAGUCAGACUUAUGAUACCCACGCUGUAUGCAACAGGUGAACUGGAUAUCAUAAGGUGAAUGCACCAAUUUGUAAGUCGCUCUGGAUAAGAGCGUCUGCUAAAUGACUUAAAUGUAAUGUAAAUGUAACUUAGACUUCUAUCCUAAGUCUUACCAUAAGUCUAGGGCAAUGUUAAUGCAACCAGCCCUUUGUCAGUGGGCUUCAUUAUCGCAAGUAAUAAAGCAGAUUAUGUGUUUGUCUUUGACCUGUUUCACAGAUUCCCUCUGUAAGGCAGUGUUAGGUUUUACUUGUGACUUUAAUCUUGCUUGAUAGUAGCAUGUAUCAAAAGAAACAGAAUUUGCAGUUACCCAGGGUGAUCCAGGUAGCUACUUGAUAGUAGUGCCCUCUACUCUAGACUCACUGUUUUUUUUAUGAAUUGAUGAACAACUGUUUCAACUUUGUGACCAACUUGUGUAAUGAAACAUUUUGAAAAUUAAACAUGUAAAAUAA